CCGAUGUCUUCUUUCUCACCAGGUCUUCCUAAUUAUACAUCACGCACCCCUGGUGAACUCGUUAGCUGAAGUCAUUCUGAAUGGUGAUCUUUCUGAGAUGUACGCUAAGACCGAACAGGAUGUUCAGAGAAGUUGUGCCAAGCCCAGCAUUCGGUGCUUCAUUAAGCCCACCGAGACGCUAGAGCGCUCUCUUGAGAUGAACAAGCACAAGGGCAAGAGGCGGGUGCAGAAGAGACCCAACUACAAAAACGUUGGGGAGGAAGACGAGGAGGAGAAGGGGCCCGCCGAGGACACCCAGGAAGACGCUGAGAAGACUAAAGGUACUGAGGGUGGUUCAAAAGGCAUCAGGACGAGUGGGGAGAGUGAAGAGAUAGAGAUGGUGAUUAUGGAGCGCGGCAAGCUCCCGGAGCUGGCGGCCAACACGUCUGUGCAGGAACAGAACACCACGGACGAGGAGAAGAGCGCCGCCGCCACGGGCUUGGAGAGUGCACUGUGGAGCAGACCCUUCCUCGAUAUGGUGUACCACGCCCUGGACAGCCCAGAUGACGACUACCAUGCACUGUUUGUGCUCUGCCUCCUCUAUGCCAUGUCUCAUAACAAAGGCAUGGAUCCUGAGAAACUCGAGCAAAUCCAGCUCCCAGUGCCCGGUGCGGCCGAGAAGACCACCUACAACCAUCUCCUGGCUGAGAGACUCAUCAGGAUCAUGAACAACGCGGCCCAGCCAGAUGGGAAGAUCCGGUUGGCGACGCUGGAGCUGAGCUGCCUACUCCUAAAGCAGCAAGUGGUGACCAGGAUGGGCUGCAUCAUAAAGGAUGUGCACCUGGCCUGCCUGGAGGGCGCAAGAGAAGAAAGCGUUCACCUAGUGCGGCAUUUUUAUAAGGGAGAAGAAAUUUUCUUGGACAUGUUUGAAGAUGAGUACAGGAGCAUGACAAUGAAGCCAAUGAAUGUGGAGUAUCUCAUGAUGGACGCCUCCAUCCUGCUGCCCCCGACGGGCACACCGCUGACCGGCAUUGACUUUGUAAAGCGGCUGCCGUGCGGCGAUGUGGAGAAGACCCGGCGGGCCAUCCGGGUGUUCUUCAUGCUCCGUUCCCUGUCACUGCAGCUGCGAGGGGAGCCCGAAACCCAGUUGCCCCUGACGCGGGAGGAGGACCUGAUCAAAACGGAUGAUGUGCUAGAUCUGA